AUCCAGCGAGUACAAAAAUCAUUCAUGAUUGUGAAGAUUUAAAGCAUCAAAUUUGGCAAUUCAAUAAUCUUUCUUGCAAUGGAUUAUGAGAAAAUAAAAUAAGAUCUCCAAGUAGUUUUAGAUUGCAGAGCCCAUUGAGCAGACCAAAGAUUGUGUAAAUCUUUUUUGGCACUCCAAUGACAAGAUUGAAAUCAUUAAUCUCGAUCUUUUCCUAAACUGGCAUAAUUAUAUAAUCUGAAGAAUCGUCCAGACCAAUUAAAAUUCUCAUUGAAGCUGGCAAAAUAUCAGUUGGAAAGAUUUCUUGUGCAGAACAUGGAGGGGAUAAUAGGUAGCCUCCUGCUUAUAUUUGUAAAGGAAGAAUGCCCAUAUUUUAAGCAUUGGGCUAUUAACAAGGAUGGGAAAAAGAAAGAGAUUUAUCAUGUGUUCUUCUCUGCUGGCUUGCUUUUCUCCUUCUAAGAGAUAUGCAGAUGAUUCAGAGGGUGUGGAUUCUGUUGCAUUAGCAACACCACCAAAAAAAGAAAAAGAAGAACAAGAACAAGAACACACAGAAGAAUUUGAAUAUGGUAUAUAUAUUACAGUUAUACGCUUGGUGGGUGGAUUGCAGCAAGUCAAACGGAUUAAAUUCAGUCGUGAACAGUUCAGUGAAAUGGAGGCCAAGCUAUGGUGGGAAGAGAACCAGUGCAGAGUUCAUCAAUAUUAUGCUUAAGACUAUCCACACAUUAACCUACUGUAUUGGAUUUUUUAUAUUCCUUGCUUUUUGACUUCCUAUCAAUACAGUUUUGUACAGAUGUGUGAAUAAUUUGAGAGUAUCUUCCUUUCCAUCACUGUGUUGAGCAUGAACUAAAUAAGAACAAAUAUUCUCAUCCUAAUAAUGGUUAGGGUUUGGUUUUCAGUUGAAAGAGAUUCUUUAACCAAACAAUGCUACAAGAGUUUCUCACUACACUAAUAUGAUCUCAGUUGUGCAUUUUACUGACAAACACUACUUGGGUUAUG